AUAUCACAGACAUACAGCAAAAAUAUUAGUUCCGAAUAGAGCAAUAUUGGUUAUUUCAAAUUUGGAGCCAAAUUACAAAUUUAAACAAUCUCAGACUCAUCAGUCCAAAAAUAUAAUCAAGUGCGAAAAGUCAAAAUGUGCUUGUAAUCGUAACCAAACACGGUAGCGGGUCACCUGAUUUAUUACCGUACACAAUGGCUGCUAUUGUGAGUGACUUAGCACAAUUUUGCUUGCUUCAAACGCAUAUAUGAUUUAUCUAAUUACUUGCUCUUCACUUUAGGAGGUUGAAUCUUAUCCUCGCCGGUCACCAAAGUAUUUGUCUGGUGAACCGUCUAGGAAAGUUAAACGGGAAUCAGAGAAAGGAAUACAAGAACUUCUUCCAACACCCACUGAUGGAAUAAAAAACUAUUAUAUGAACAAAAUUGAUGAGCACCAGUUUAUUUACACCGAAAAAGUAUUGAAUCUCCGGAGGUUAGAGGCUCAACGAAAUGAGUUGAAUGCCAAAGUUCGCAUGCUUCGGGAAGAGCUACAACUGUUGCAAGAACAGGGUUCAUUUGUUGGAGAGGUCAUUAAAGCAAUGGACAAGAAGAAAGUUCUUGUGAAGGUUCAGCCUGAGGGGAAAUAUGUUGUAGAUAUUGACAAAAAUAUCGAGAUGUCUCAGAUAUCACCCAAUUGCCGGGUCGCUUUACGAAGUGACAGUUACACGUUGCACAAGAUUCUGCCCAGCAAAGUGGACCCCCUAGUCUCAUUGAUGAUGGUAGAAAAGGUCCCAGACUCCACCUAUGAAAUGAUUGGUGGUUUAGACAAGCAAAUUAAAGAAAUAAAAGAAGUUAUUGAACUACCUGUGAAACACCCUGAGCUUUUUGAUGCUCUCGGAAUAGCACAGCCUAAAGGUGUUUUGUUAUAUGGACCUCCUGGUACAGGCAAGACUUUGCUGGCGCGUGCCGUCGCUCAUCAUACAGAAUGUACAUUCAUACGUGUCAGUGGUUCUGAACUCGUCCAGAAAUUCAUUGGUGAAGGUGCGAGAAUGGUUCGCGAGUUAUUCGUCAUGGCACGAGAACAUGCUCCUUCUAUUAUUUUCAUGGACGAAGUUGACUCAAUUGGAUCUACCAGAUUAGAAAGUGGUACAGGUGGUGACAGUGAAGUUCAGCGUACUAUGUUGGAGCUUCUCAAUCAGUUAGAUGGAUUUGAACCAAAACAGAACAUUAAGGUUAUCAUGGCCACCAAUCGUAUUGAUAUACUUGAUUCAGCCCUCCUGAGGCCUGGAAGAAUUGAUAGAAAAAUCGAAUUUCCUGCUCCAAAUGAGGAGGCUCGAUUAGACAUCUUAAAAAUUCAUUCUCGAAAGAUGAACCUAACAAGAGACAUUGAUUUACGUAAACUAGCAGAAUCAAUGCCUGGUGCCAGUGGUGCAGAAGUUAAAGGAGUUUGUACAGAAGCUGGAAUGUAUGCUUUACGAGAACGCCGAGUUCAUGUCACUCAAGAAGACUUCGAGUUGGCUGUUGCUAAGGUAAUGCAAAAAGAUUCAGAGAGGAAUGUAUCUAUCAAGAAACUAUGGAAAUAAGUGCUUUCAAUCCAUUUAUUUUCUAAUGCAAGACCAAACAUAUAUAGUACCCCUUUUUUGCCUUUGUAAAAACGAUGUCACUAUAAUCCCUUUUUUCCAUUCAUUCUUUAACCAUCUACUGUCAAUAGAAAGUUGGAACUAAUAUUCUCCACUUAUUAUGUCAAAUGCGCCUAUAAAAAUGCUUUAUUUUGAUGAAGACGACGAUACUUCUUGUGAUUAACGGUUGAGUAGGCCGAUUCUUAUGCGAUAAACAAGUUGUGUACACAACGUAGCUGUGUGUGUGUAAACCAAGUGUUCCUUCUCAUAUGCUCUAUUGAAGCAUAAUGUAUUGUAUUUUUUCUUUCGGUUUCUGCUGUUUUUAGUACAUUAUGGACAGUAUCA